AUGUGGCUACAUUACUAUCUUGAAAUUACGGCAGGAAUAAUCUGUCUCGUAUCUGCCCUGGUUUGGCGCUCUCGAAAAUUUGGCGACUUUCCGUUGGUGGGUAAGAGUAACGACAUACAUGAGGCGUUGAAAGAGGGAACGAAAAAGUAUCCCACCAAAGCCUUUGCAAUACGAACAUCUCCACCACUAGUCAUACUUCCAAUAUCCAUGAUCGAUGAAGUCAAAUCACUACCCGAGAGCAAAGUCUCUGCAGCAAGAGAGCUCUUCAGACGAGCAGCAGGCCACUACAGCAAGAUGGGCACAAACUCAGUAGCUGCGAUCAAAGCUCUUCGCAAUGAUCUCACUCGAAAGACAACAACGAUCCCAACACUCAUCGAAGAAACCGAUUUUGCCUUUUCGAACACACUGGAAAAGUACGACGAAUGGACGCCAGUCAGAGUUUUUCCCAACAUCAACCGCGUGGUAUCUAUGGUGAGCGGCAGAAUGUUUUUGGGAAAGCAGCUAUCACGACAGGAGGAAUGGAUAUCCAUCUCAACGCAAUGGUCCAGUGACGUCUUCGCUCUCCUUCGACGAACACAACGAUACCCAAGCUGGCUACGUCCAUACAUCACUCCAUAUUUAUCUCAGACGAAGAAAGUACUCGAGCAGAGAAGACGAGCGAAGAAGUUCUUGGGCCCGUCUUUUGAAGAGCAGCUUAGCGCCAAGAGAGAAGGUUUGCCUUCGCCAGGAGAAGAAUCGCUUGCGACGUGGAUGAUGAAGUAUUUGACUCCGAGGCAUAUGCAAGUCGAGAGUCUGGUCCGACAUCAGCUUGGAAUUUCGUGGGCUUCGGUUCAUACUAGUACAUUGGCAUUGACGCAGAUCAUCUAUGAUCUUGCUGCGAGGCCGGAAUAUCUGCAACCGUUACGAGAUGAGUUGGAGGGGCUAAUGAGGGGCUGUGAUCGCGAAUUGACUCAUGCGGACCUCAAUAAAUUGAUGAAGAUGGAGAGUUUCAUGAAAGAGAGUUUGAGAAUAAAUCCUUCCACUGUUGUGUCCCCGUUACGUCUCACAGUCGAACCUGUAACAUUAUCAACAGGCCAAACAAUCCCAGCCGGAAUCCCAUUCGGUUUCUACAGCUACUCAAUCAACCAAUCCAAAGCCUUGUACCACUCGCCAGGACCAGAAGUCUUCGACGGCUUCCGCUUCUUCAACAUGCGCCAGAAAGAGGGAGAAGAACACAAGCACCAAUUCGGCGCAACCGGUCCGUCGGAAAGUUUUGACUUUGGUCACGGAAUUCACGCUUGUCCUGGACGCUUUUUCGCAUGUACAGAAAUCAAACUCCUUCUUGCUUAUAUUCUCCGCAAUUAUGAUCUCAAACUCAGAGAUGGCGAGGCAAGACCUCCUAAUACGCUCGAUGAGAUAUGGUUCAUUGCAGACCAAACGGCUGAAGUGCUUUUCAGAAGCAGAGAUUCUGACAUGUGUUUCCAAGCCUAGGGGUUUGAAAGUUGUAGGAACAAGCUAGGAGCUUGCAGACAUAUUUUCAGAGCUUUGGCCUUGGUGCCUGUAAACUUUCUGUGUAUUAUUGGGUUAUUGAUCUGGGCG